CCUCCUCUCCACCGCUCUCUCUCCGUAAGAAGAAGAAGACAAACCGCGCAGAGAGACGUCAGCCAGUUACCCACACACCACCCCCGACCGUAGAGAGAGAGGGAGGGAGGGAGAGAUGGCAGGGUGGGCAAUCGCCGUGCACGGCGGCGCUGGUGUGGACCCGAAUCUCCCCCAACACCGCCAGGAGGAGGCCAAGCGGGUCAUCGCCCGCUGUCUCGACAUCGGCAUCUCCGCCCUCCGCUCCUCUCUCCCCGCCGUCGACGUCGUCGAACUCGUCGUGAGGGAACUGGAGAGCGACCCGGUGUUCAACUCGGGGCGGGGAUCGGCCCUGACGGAGAAAGGCACAGUGGAGAUGGAGGCGAGCAUAAUGGACGGGGAGGGGAGGAGGUGCGGCGCCGUGUCCGGGUUGACGACGGUGAAGAACCCGGUGUCGCUCGCCAGGCUCGUCAUGGACAGGUCCCCCCACUCCUAUCUCGCCUUCUCCGGCGCCGAGGACUUCGCCCGCCUCCACGGCGUUGAAGUGGUGGACAACGACUAUUUCAUCACCGAAGACAAUAAGGGAAUGUUGAAAUUAGCCAAAGAAGCAAACACAAUCAUGUUUGACUAUAGAAUCCCGACUCUCGUCCCGGACACGUGCGCCGCCAGCGUGGAGAACCCCCUGCUGAUGAAUGGCCUCCCGGUCAGUUUGUACGCGCCGGAGACGGUCGGAUGCGUAGUGGUCGACGGGCAGGGGAGGUGCGCGGCGGCCACCUCCACCGGCGGCCUCAUGAACAAGAUGUGUGGCCGCAUCGGGGACUCGCCCCUGAUAGGGGCCGGGACCUAUGCGUGCGGCCUCUGCGGGGUCUCGUGCACCGGCGAGGGGGAGGCCAUCAUACGCGGGACCCUGGCUCGCGACGUGGCGGCUGUGAUGGAGUACAAGGGCCUGGGGCUCCAGGCGGCGGUCGACUUCGUGGUGAAGGAGAGGCUGGACGAGGGGAAGGCGGGGAUGAUAGCCGUGUCUCGGAACGGGGAAGUGGCCUGCGGCUUCAACACCAACGGGAUGUUCAGGGGAUUUGCAACUGAAGGUGGGUUCAUGGAGGUUGGGAUUUGGUAGCGAGCUAUUGGGCGGCGGCGGCGGCGACUCUUUGUUGUGAUCUCCAGCUUUGUCGUUAGUGAUGGAACUGUUUCUUUUCAAGUGAAGUUCUGCUUCUACUUGGUAGAAACGUGUGAAUAACGCUGCGCCGUUUCGGUAUGUCAAUGGUUGAACUUCCGUUCCCCCAAACUAGUUAUGAAAAUGCAAGUGUUUCUAU